GGAAAGUUUACAUGCUAGGGGAACUAACCAGAUUCUUAUAAUAAAAGAAUUCUUUAUUCUAUACACAUCUUUUAGAGAGGAAACAUAUAAUGCUUUUCUUCAUUUAAGUAUUCAAAUUUCUUCAUGUAUUGAAAAUCUCUAUGGUCUAAGUGUUCUCUACUAGCAUGGAUAAGGGAGAGCUCAAGUACUCACUCGAAGAUGGCAUCAAAUUUCAGAUCGUCAAAGACAACAACAAACGCACGCCGUUUGUAAAAUCUGAAAGCCAUCUUGUCGCCAUGAAAAAGAUUGAGCUAAAAGAUAUCGAGAAAUGCCAGAAGAUCGUAUCGUCAGAUUUUCGCAGGCAGCAGACUAUUCUGCAGAAAAAAUUAGAAAAACUCCAGCAGGUUCAACAAUCUCUGGGCGCGACGUCCAAGUUGAGUGAUAGACUAAGCAGACGUCGUCACAGCGCCCCCGUCAUCGAUACGUUUUUUCUGACGCGCGCAGCAGCGUUAACCAAACAGAGCAGUAAAGAAUCUGUCUGUGAGCUUCCGGAGACUGCAGACGAAGAAGAGUCCAUCGAAUCAGACACGCUCUCUUCGAGUUAUCAGAAACCUACAGUCACAGAGAAUGUGUGUAAAUCGAAAGGGAGGAAGAAAAGCAUCGGUUCUAUACCAGAUGUAAACAUGGCGCGGAGGAGAUCACGAGAACAGCUGGAGGAAAUCAACAAAGACGCUAUUCAAAAAUUUGAAAACAUUAUGUACGGGGGUCGCCGUAGAGCCACCAUAGCUGAAGGAGCUACGCCUACAUGUCUGUUUCCGUCUCCAGGUGAAAUUAGUAGGCUGGCGGCCAUGACGGAGAACGCAACGGGAAUUCAGGAGGAUAUUUGUCACUAGAAACUAAAGCAAAAGUGAACUAUUCAUCGUACAAAAUAUAUAUUAGUCUGUUAGGAAUUUUAUUCUUAGCUGUCGAACAACAAAUGAAGAACAAUAGACUCAGUGCCGGCGCCAGGUUAUUUAGCAAAACUUAUUAAAACGCCCCCUUUCACACACAUUAAUUACUAAAACAUAUGAAUAAGAAAACAAUUAAUUAAAAGUGAGAUCUUAAUUUAUUAUCAAUUGCAUACACGUUAUAAGUAGACAUCAAAAUCAAAUUUUAUUUGCCUCCUUCGUCUCAAAAGUUUGUACUAAUUCCUUCAAUUCCAGUUUGCAAGCAUAAUCACAUUCUAUUGAAAUUAUUGCUAAAUCCACGAGUCUACUUUGUACUUUACGAUAUAGUCCACCCCCCUUAGAAAAUUUCAAGUGCCAUACCCGCCCCCCUCCCCCAAAACGGAACUUACCUGUUUUAAGCUUGACUGUCUUUAGUUACAAUUGUAAAAUGUCUAUAUUGUGUGAUUAUGUAACGAUUUUUUUGUUUUUGAAAAAUAAAAGGUUAUAAAUGUUAUAGAUUCCAGCCUACAGUUGCUAUACAUGAAUCCUUUGGGAGAGGGUGAAAAUAUGAAAAGGACACUGAAUUAAUUAGAUGAUUUAUUUGCGACUAAGGCGAUUUUAGGCGCAUUAGUUGCACUAUCUCCUGCUGUUGGUCUACUAACAUUAAGUAUUGAAAUCUACAACGGCUACUGAUGUAUUUGUUUUUCAACUUGAUAAUGCUAAAAAUAAAACCAACCAAACUAUUUUGUUUAGAACUUCAGCUUUCUAUAAUUUUUACAAUAGCAAAUAAUAACUUAAAGAUGUAUUUAUAUGUAAGCGGUCAACCUAAAGUGCAGGAAUUUGAAAUGAAUGUAAAGUUAAGCAACGAAUUAUCUCCCAUUCGGAAAUUCAAAUACCGAACUUUUUUCAAGGGAAAUAACUUUUACAAGAAUAGCUAAAUUAACCAAGUAUAACUAAGACAUGCUUGAAAAACAGAAUAAAACGCUCUAAAUUUUAUUACAUAAUAAUUAUAACAAAUCUUUUAUGUUAGUUAUAUAAAUGUGUCAAAACAAUAUAUAUUUUACCAAUUGACUAUUUAACUGUAGAUUUUGUUCGAAAGUCUAAAUAUCGUAGAUUUAUCAUAACAUACUUCUAGUCAAUUUUGAUGACAUACAUUUGAUCGUUGCCAGAAAUAACUGAUAUAUCAAAAUUUUGGAUCCUCAAUAGAGGACAUUACAAACGUGUAAACAAAAUAUACAAGAAACUGAGAAACACAUUUAUUUAGAUUGUAUAUUAGUACAGAAAACAAAGCAAACACUUGCGAAAAUAUUAAACACCACCAAUCAAACAGCCACAACAAAUAAAGCAAUCACACUUAAUUUAAUUAACACGACUAGACAAAGAACAGAAGACGAAAACAGACUAGUAGCAAUGGCUAUUUAUAGAUCGACUAUAUGGCAAAUUAGGAAUAAAGUCAGAUAUUUUUUCACAAAAUACACGGACAUCGAGUUAAAAGAAAUAUUUCAAGCAAAGCUAAGACAUAGACUGGGAACUCUCACUUAACUGAGAAAAAAAAGAAAUAUACAGGAAAGAAAUAAAUAAAGUAUUAAUUUUAAUUUAGACAGUCUCAAGCCAAACAUCACUCGAUCAGCCCCCAAGUAAAUUAACAUUAGAACAGUCUUCUGUUUCCCGGGUUUUAAAAUGCACAACCUGAAUGGUAGA